ACUGCAGCAGAACCAGCCCUUGUGGAGGGAGGCUCUGCACGCCGUGGGACACAGGGGAUGCCGCUUUGUGCCCGCAGGAAGCAGCAGCUCAGAGAUGUGCUUACAGGUAAAGAGCAAAACCCUGCGAGGGGCUCUGGGGGCAGCCCCAGAGGGGCUUUUUUUCUUCUUUUUGGGUAUGGAGCUCAUGAGUUUGGAAGCUCAGAAUGCAAAGCCUUACAGGAUGCAACUCCCUGCAGACGGAGCUAUUUCCUCUUUUGCUUUAUUUUAUGUUGGGUUUCCAACACCGGAGCUCCAUCCACACCUCGUGCUGAUGUUACCCCCCCAUUCCUCGGGGGUGGGAAAUGUGUGUGCAUUUCAUAGACAGUGCACAGGGGAUCUCACAGCUGUGGGCACUCGCUUGCAGAACGCAGCUGGGCUUUGUGGGACACAUAGCUAUGACUUGCUGGUGGCCUCUCCUCUGCCAGCACCUCCCCAGUGGCACGCAGUGCCCACGGCACGUCCCAGCAUUGGGUUUGCACAGCAGAGGUGUAUCUUGCUGCUGGGAUCCUCCCUGCUGCCGUCACACGGUGAGAGCAGAGCACUGAAUGCAGACCUUUGUGCUCUGUGUUUGCUCCUUGCCCAUCCCAGCAGGAUGGACCCAACCGACGGCACUGUGCACAAUUGCAUCGCAACCAAUGCAAAUGCAGCACAUGCAUGGGCCUCCUGCUUUCGUGCCCUGUGCUUGGAAGCAGCCGGGCGUGAUGCAGCAUGCAAGCACAGGGGAGCUCAGCCAUCUGCAGCCCUGCAUGAAGGCAGUAGAAGCAGCUGCUCUGCUCCUCCUUGCAUGCAUAAAUUGCAGCACGCAGUGGCGAUGCUGCAGCCGUGCUGCACCCGGCUGCAGGUUGGGCUCCCCAGAAAUAAGGAACCAAGAGGAUCUUCCCAACUGUUGCCCCAAUGGAGGGGCGUCGGGCACGGGAGGGUGCAGCUUAGUGCCACUAAACAGAUUGGAUUAGGAGGGAUUUGCAGAGGGCCCGUCUGGAAGAACGGCUUAUGGAGGUGGUUGGAGUGUCACAACGGUGCGCGGUGUUGCAACGCGGUGUUGCGGCUGUGUUGGGGUGGAGGGUUCUGCUGGGAGGUGCUGAGUGAGAGGGGACAGAGGGGACAGAAGGGACAGGGACGGCUCUGUGCUGUGCGCUGGGCUGGAAGAAAGCAAGGGAGGAUGCAACCUGCAAACCUGAUGCCUUCCUCACCUUGCAAAUCCGACCCGAACCCCUCAGUCCGUGCAGCUUCAGAGGGUGAGUGCCGUGCAGCUGCACUGCGCUGGGGGAUAUUUAAAAUGCAGUAUAAUCCAUGGUGCAGUGCUGUCCUACGCCAUGUGCUUUUGCAGGAUUGGGUCCCUGUUUGGAUGCACACACGGAGGCCUGGCUCCAUAUGGUUUGCAUGCACGCAGGGUCAGCUUCGGGGCCUUCUUGGCAGCACAGAUGCUGUUGGGGUUGGCACGUUGGCGGUGCUCCUCCCGUGCUCGCUCUGUCCCAGUCCCUGCAGCAGGAUUUUGCAUCACAUCCUCCUUCCCCCUGAGCCCUUGGCUGCCUUCCGGAGCGGUCACCACCUUCCCCUGCGCACUGCACAGCCCUGCUGACCUGUGCUGUGUUUUGCUUGCGGGUGUGGAGCAAAAAUUGCCCAAUAGCCCCUUCCAUGAAAGAGGAGCUCCUGAGCUGGGAGGAAAAUAGGGCACUUCUGGUGGGUGACGGCCACAGCCGCCCCCAGGGCCUUCAUCUGCACAACACGGGGGGUGGAGCAGUUGACUGCAUGCAAACCUGGGGGCAGAGCAGUGCUGCAGGCACAUAGGAUCCCUAUAGGCACCCCAGGGUCGAUGCCCCAUGACAGCCUGCUCCCCAGCGCACGGCCCCACCUGCCCUAGCCAUCCCCUCCUCCCCCGUUCCUGAUGGUGCAGUGAGGGACGGGCAGAGGAGCAGCCAGCAGAGCGCCGCACCCCCCGCAGAGCCAUGGAGGCCCCCCCAGAUGUGCCCGUUGGGAACCUCAUCGACUUCAGCACCGAAGAACCCAGCCGUGCCCCCUCGGGUCCCUCUCCUCCGGCCGUCCCCAGUGACAACGGGCACCUGGGGGAGGUGACAGCAGAGGAGAGCGAUGCCACCGAGUCGGCGGACAGCGAGAACGACAUGGGCGAAUCCCCCGCACGUUGGGGCCACCGCCGCUCCUCCUCGGGCGAAUCCUUCUCCUCCAACCACAGCUCCGGGUCGGCCAGGGAUGAGGCAGCGUCCGAGCGCCGGGACUUCGUGCGGCACUACGUGGAGAAGAUCUUCACCGGGGGGGAGGAUCUGGAGCAGGAGGAGAAGGCGAGGUUUGGGGAGCUGUGCAGCGGCGAGGACGGGAAGGGCAGGGAGUGGUUCGCCAGAUACGUGAGCGCACAGCGCUGCAACUCCAAGUGUGUGUCAGAGCAGACCUUCUACCGCCUGAUGCAGUCCUUCGCCCUGGUGCUGUUUGAGUGUCACCAGAUGGAUGACUUCAGCCCUGCCAAGAACCUCAUGACCAUGUGUUUCACAUACUACUACAUCGGGAAGACCCACGCGCUGCCUCUGGAGGCCAAGGAGAAGCCCACAGGCAGCAUUGACUCAUACCUGAAGUCAGCCAACAGCUGGCUGGCGGAGAAGAAGGACAUCGCAGAGAGGCUGCUGAAAAACACAUCAGCCAAGACAGAGAACGUCAAGGGCUUCUUUGGGGGCCUGGAAACCAAGCUGAAGGGUCCUGCGGCCAAAAAGAGCGACGAAGGUGAGGACAAACCAAAGGAGAAGCUGAAGAAGAUGGUUUCCAUGCAGAGCCCAGAGGAGGAGAAGAAAGGAGAGAAGAUCUACCUGUACAUGCACCUCAAGCAGCAGCCCAUCUGGCACAACCUGCGCUUCUGGAACGCCGCCUUCUUCGACGCCGUGCACUGCGAGCGCAGGAAGCGCUCCCCCACCACCAGGGAGAAGUGGUGCCACAUGACACAGGAGGAGAGGGACGACAGCCUGCGCUUCAACGAGAACAUCACCUUCGGGCAGCUGGGCACCUUCAUCCACAACAUGUUGGCGUUCGGCCUCACCAAGAAGCUCUGCAGCGACUUCCUCAAGAAGCAGGCGACCAUUGGCAAUUUGGAUGAAGAGCAAUACAAGCUGCUCAGCGACCACAUUGAGCAGAUGGCCACCGAGUAGCGGCACGGCGAGAUGGCAACCGGAGCAGGUGGGGAGGGCAACCUGCCCCCAGAACAAAGCUGGGCUGCUUGAAACCACCCAAACACACACACACGUGUGGAGCUGCCAUACACCCGCAUGACCAUCCGCCAGACUUCAGAGCUGCGCCGUGGGCAGCCCGUAGAAGUAGGAGCCAACAGCCCCAAUCCCUCCCAGCCGGAGCCUCCUGUGCGUAUUUCCGGAGCAGACAGACCCAGCGGUGUGUUUUGUCACUUCAACGAACAAACAAACAAACAAACAUACAAACAAAGGCAAGGAAAAAGCAAGCUGACAAACCAGAGUGGUUGCUGCUCCCACUUCUGCCUGCAUGGCUGCAGCCCCAGCUGUGCAGCCCAGCAGGUUCCGAUGCGGGUCCCGACGCGCUCCUUGGCACGGCGGCUGCAGGACGAUGGGACACGGCUGUCCCCAAAGUGGGGGUUUCCAUGGGAACGCGUUCCUUGUGCGGCUUUCCCCGUGCAUCCCAUAAGAGAAACAGCAGAGCGGGUCCCUGAGGCAGGGACCCUCCCAGCCCCGCUGCCAGACAGCUGUUUGCUUCGGGGGGGGAAGGAGAGGGAGCGCUGCCGGUUUGCACUUUGUGUGUGAUUGAUGGAGAGGAGCUCUCUCCUCAUUCCCGCUGCGUUUAUCUCCUAUUCCCCACCCCCCUCCCCUAAACCUAAAGGAUAUAUUAUUUGCAUGUGUAUUUUUCUAAAAAAUAAACAAAGAAACCAAA